UAUAUUACAAGUUCAACUGCGAGAGCGGCUUGUUGUGAAACGUCUUCUUAAAAAUGAAGCAGGAGAAAUCUCAUUCUUCGAGGAAAAUGUCCACGACAUUCACUAUCGUCUUCGCUUCUUUAAUUGCUGUGCUGUUGUGCUGUGGCGAGAUUGUACGUAUUGAGAUAAUUCUUAAUGAACAAAACACGAGAAUAUAUCGUCUUGAGAACAUUUUGACCUCUUCAAUGGAAUCUCGGCUAGUGAAAGACAAGAAGGAACGAGUUGUUGUGAGUGAUAAACUUGAUUAUCAGAAACACUAUCGGAACAGACGCAGUAUAAUUUCAUUCAUGGGCAAAUCUUCAGAACCAAAUCAAACGAUAAUUGAAAACCUUAGAGAUGAAAUGACGCAGAUAAUGGAACAAAAAAUAAGUAAAGCAAUCGCUGCAAUAAAGUAUCUUGUUGCCUUACCAGGGCCUCGGGGGCCUCGAGGUCCACCAGGGGGUCGAGGUAAAAGAGGAAAAAAGGGGCCAAGAGGAUCCCAAGGACCAAGAGGAUCCCAAGGACCAUCAGGACCAAUGGGUAAACGAGGCAAAAUAGGCAGGCAAGGAGUUCCUGGAUUGAAAGGCGAUCCAGGACAAAAUGGUCCUCCAGGUCCGCAAGGCAUGCCAGGACAGAAAGGUGACCGCGGUCUUUCGUUAGAACCUCCAUCAGUUGUGAUUUCUCCUCGUCAUUUAUCUGUAAAAGAAGGUGAAUCAGCCAUUUUCCAUUGUUCUGCAAGGGGUUAUCCAAAGCCUAUUAUUGUUUGGAGUAACGCAAAUGGUUCAUUGUCUACCUCUAGAACAGUAAUUCAUGAAACUGAUAAACUAGAGAUUACCAAAGCUGAAAUUGCUGACUCUGGGGAAUAUCAUUGCAAGGCGUCUAAUAUUUUUGGUAAAGUGCAGACGAAAGCGAAACUUGAGGUGGACUAUCCACCAAGACUUACCCUGGAUAAUGUUCCCACACAUGUCAAAAUAGGAGACAAUAUAACCCUACCCAUAUGUCACGUGACAGGACACCCAAAACCACAGGUCACGUGGUACAAACUUCUUGGUCUCCUUCCAACUAAUCGCUCUCUGAUUCAAGGUGGUCAAUUGACUUUUUUUAAUGCUAGAAGAAGUGAUUCUGGUUUGUAUGUAUGUACCGCUAAGAAUCGUCUUGCUACGGUAACAUCAUCUACUAUGCUGGUCGUAGUCCCACUUCCAGUGUUUACUGUAACGCCUCCCUCUUCGAUGGACGUCGUCGAAGGAGAUAAUUUAGCUUUAAACUGUUCUGCUAAAGGUGAACCACAGCCGGUCGUCAGCUGGACUAGAGACAACAGCUUUCUUCCAGUCAAUCGUUAUGAAGUCAUAGAAGGUUCUUUGAUUAUCAGAAACGUGCAGAAAUCUGACUCUGGGUUGUACGUUUGUACCGCCACAAGUUCUACCGGCUCGAAGAUUUUUGUUUCAAAAGCUAAAGUGCUGUUAAAUAUCUAUCCUUCAGACUGUUCAGAUAUCUACAAAUCAGGAGAAAGACGAAGCGGUGUGUACACAAUACGGCCCGACAGUCAAGGAGCCUUUCAAGUCUACUGUGACAUGACAACUGACGGAGGGGGGUGGACAGUGUUCCAGAGAAGACGAGAUGGAUCAGUCGACUUUUAUCUUGACUGGCAGCAAUACAAAACCGGUUUUGGCAACCUGAAUGGCGAGUUCUGGUUGGGUAAUGACUACAUCUAUCGACUGACAGCACAAACAACCUCGAUUCUACGCGUUGACAUGGAGGACUGGGCAGGACUGAAAUUCUUUGCCAAAUAUGGUAGAUUUAGUGUUGGCAAUGAAAACGAGAAGUACAGACUGAAUGUAGGCUCAUAUUCAGGGUCGUCUAAGGAUUCUCUUGCCUAUCAUAACAACAUGGCAUUUACUACAAAAGAUCAAGAUAAUGAUGAAAGCAGCGCCAACUGUGCUCUUUAUUUUACCGGGGCUUGGUGGUAUAAUAGCUGCCAUCAUUCUAACUUAAACGGCAAAUAUUCGGGAGUGGGUACAAACCCUAAGGCAGUGGUUUGGGGCUAUCCUAGUGAUGAUGCUUCCUUACAAUUUUCAGAAAUGAAAAUGCGUCCUCUGGCACAUCGUUGAACUGCACUCACAGUGAUCAUGACUUAUGUAUCAAAUAGGAUCAGCACUAUUCCUUCUAGAGACCAUACAUAUAACUUACUUAUAUUGUUUGUCAUUAAUUUGAAAAUAUACAAGGCCGUCAUUUUUGUUGUCUUGAAGUCAAAAACUCAUUUGUCCAAUCAGAAGGGACCUUCUCGAUCUUAAGAGGUUCAUGCUGAUUGGCCAAUUUUUGGAAAGGAAUGUUAUGCUUAAGUAAGCAGACGUUCGUGGGGAGGGAAACGUUGCGUGACUGACACUGAGAACGUCUGCGAAGGAGGCUAUGUUGCUCAGGUUUCGCCUAAAUUUUGUGUAGAAUAUUCACGUCCCAUUGAAGCUCCUUGGAAUUUUAAAAGUGUUAAUAUUUACCCCUAGUAUUAUUGUUGUAGUUGUGUAUUCUUCAUUUUUUUAAUUUUUUAUUGGUAUUUUAAUACCAAAAGUUAAAAGAAAUUAAAAUUUGCGAAUACGUUGCCGCUGAAAUCGGACUAACGCUGAGGAAAUGAGUCUGUGAUUAAGAAACAAAGCGGUAAUAUCUCUCAGUUGAACAAGUAAAAGGUCUACUAUAAAUAUCUAUUAAUGAUUUUAAUCUGAAUGCAAAUGUGAAAAUUGUUUAAUAAUGACACAUGUAACUAUAGUUUUAUCGAUUCAACAUUUAUUCGAACAACUUAAAGUGAUUAUAAUUGCGCAUGCGUCAUUAUUAGUCAAUGACGAUUUUUAACCUUUCGUUUAAAGAUAUUACUCACCACUUCAAUCAACGAUCAACAGACAACGAUUAUAUUUGAAAACAAAAACGAGUAUUUAAAUACCCCAAGAUAAGCUAACGCUUCUAUGUAACAGUCUUCAAGAACGCAACUCAAGUCUGAUAAACCGAAUGCAUAUGGAAUAUUUUUUGACAUUUUGUACGUUAUUUUCUGUAGGUCUUUAUCAAUUUUCUAGUGGAAUUCGAAUAAAGCACCUUAUAUA